AUGCAGCAUUACUCUUCUGUAAAUAAUGACUAUAUUUUAUUUACACCACAGCCCUCUUUGCGACGCGUAAUAAACCGUCAUAGCAAAGAUUCCCUACUUAGAAUCGUAAAAAAAUGGCUUGAAAUACCGCAACUUAUUCCGAAAUAUCAAUCAAGUUCUGAGGAAAAUAAUGAAUAUCAACAAACAAGAUUAUGGCAAAUUUACGAAAAGUUAUCUGGUGGCAAGAAAAAAAUUGUUGAUAAAAUAUAUUUUGAUGAUUGGUGGAAAGCUUUAAAACUUUGUUGGGAUAACGGUAUUGUAAUUAAAGAAAUAUUUCGUUCAACAUUAUCAAAGCAUCUUUCGCUAUUUUUUGUAAAUCAUCUUUACAUCGAAGUUUAUGAUAAAAAUUGGUGGUUGCGCAUUAGUAUUCAUGAUAGUACCUCACAAAAUUCCCUCCCAAUCAACACAAACAUCAUUUACUUGAUAUAUUUUACCAAUUCCGAACAUUUAUUGUGCAGCAAUGUUAAGCGUGAACAUAAAGAAUUUAUAUUGCAGAGUUUGUUGAAAACUUUUGCGUGUCAGCAGGUUGAAGAAUGUGAAUUGAAGGGAAAAUAUGUGAAUUCUUUAGAACAAUUAUUAUUACAUCAAAAAUCCCAAGGAAUCUACAGUCAAUAUCGAUUAAAUCAGGUUGAUAAUAGUCCGCUAGAACAUAUUUCAAAAAGAUCCAAUACAGAUGCUCAAUUGAAAUCGAAAGAUAAUGCAGUAGAUGAUAAUUUUGGUCCCAAUGAACAGCCAUCUCUUGAUGUUGUUGAGAUUAAGUUGGAUAUGCCGUUUAAUACAUCCGAUGAUAAUCAACCUGAAGAGACACCGAUAUCGACAACAAUCGUAUUUAAAGGAUCAAAUGUGAUCGAAGGAAUUAAGAAGAUGGUGACUUCUGGAUAUGCUGUAUCUCCAUUACCAAAGUUUUUAGUAGAACUACAUAGUAACAGUAAGAAUUAUAUAGAAGUUGUCCAACAAGAAGACUAA